CCCAUAUGUUUUCACACUUCACACUGCACAGCCGCCUCUCUCUCUUUCUCUCUCUCUCUCUCUCUCUCACGCAACCACACCACACAGGCGCAGUGGCGCACACCCUCGCAGGUCGUAGGCGGCAACACUACUUCACUCUUCGCCAUUCACACACCCUAGGCAGCGGAUUCUUUCCCGUUCGCAAACCCCCAGCAGCGAACUUCGGCAGCGGCAGCAGCAGUGAACUUCGGCAGCGACAGCGGCAGCGAACUUCAACAGCGGCGCUAACGAGCCGAACACGAGCUAGCUCGAUUAACUGACGAGCCGAUCACGAGCCGGAGUUUUCGAGCUCGAGCCGAAUACGAGCCGACUUUGAAGACGUUUGAGCCGAGCUCGACUGAGCUCGCUCGUUUACAGCCCUACUGUAGUGUUGGAGGUGGGUUAACUUCUCUCCAGGUCCAAGCUCUGCCCGAAGCCCAUUAAUAUAAUAAUUUAGGCGGGCCCGAUCCGAGGUCGGCCCAGCAAUCGGAAGGGAAGGGAAAAACUAAAAGAGGGAGAGGGCCUCUCUGUUCGUGUCCCUUCCUCGUAUUCUAUUCCUAUUCGAGCUAGCAGGUGUCGCCCGAUCUCCGCCGCCGCCGCCGGCGCCGCCGAAAAAUGGAGGAAGUGUGCGAGGGGAAGGACUUGUCGUUCCCGCGGGAGGAGGAGAGGAUCCUGAAGCUGUGGGAGGAGAUGGAGGCCUUCAAGACGCAGCUGAGGCGCACGGAGGGCAUGCCGGAGUACAUCUUCUACGACGGGCCGCCGUUCGCGACGGGGCUCCCCCACUACGGGCACAUCCUGGCCGGCACCAUCAAGGACGUCGUCACCCGCUACCAGUCCAUGAACGGCCGCCACGUCACCCGCCGGUUCGGCUGGGACUGCCACGGCCUCCCCGUCGAGUUCGAGAUCGACAACGCCUGCGGCAUCCGCACCCGCCAGGACGUCCUCGACAUGGGCAUCGCCGUCUACAACGACAAGUGCCGCGGCAUCGUCACCAAGUACGUGGCCGAGUGGGAGCAGAUCGUCACCAGGACCGGCCGCUGGAUCGACUUCAAGGACGACUACAAGACCAUGGACCUCCGCUACAUGGAAAGCGUCUGGUGGGUCUUCGCUCAGCUCUACGAUAAGGGUCUCGUCUACCGCGGCUUCAAGGUCAUGCCUUACAGCACCGGCUGCAAGACGCCGCUCUCCAAUUUCGAGGCAGGCCUCAACUACAAGGAUGUGCCGGACCCUGCAAUCAUGGUUUCGUUCCCAAUAGUCGGCGAUCGAGAUAAUGCAGCUCUCGUGGCGUGGACUACAACACCCUGGACGCUUCCUAGUAACCUCGCGCUCUGCGUCAAUGCCAAUCUUGUCUAUGUGAAGGUUCGGGACAAGUUGUCCGGGGCAACUUAUAUUGUUGCGGAAUCUAGGUUAUCUCAAUUACCUAGUAAGAAAUCAAAACCAGAUGGGCUAGUUGCUUCCACACAAAAGUCGGCACCCUCAAACCCCAAGGGAACUACUGAUGGGAAAGCUGAGGGUAGGCAAGAUGGUGGAUCUUAUGAAUUGCUGGAAAAGAUAUCCGGAAGUACCUUGGUAGGCUUGAAAUAUACGCCAUUAUUUGAUUAUUUUUUGGAGCUCUCAAGCACUGCAUUUAAGGUGGUCGCAGACAAUUAUGUCACAGAUGAUAGUGGAACUGGUGUUGUCCAUUGUGCUCCAGCUUUUGGUGAAGAUGACUAUCGUGUUUGUGUUGCUGCGGGUAUAAUCCAAAAGGAUGUUGACCUUAUUGUAGCUGUUGAUGCUGAUGGUUGCUUUACGGAGAAGAUUUCUGACUUCCAUGGCUGCUAUGUAAAGGAUGCCGAUAAGGAUAUCAUCAAUACUGUUAAGGGGAAAGGAAGACUUGUAAGUAUUGGAAGUAUCAUGCAUUCUUAUCCAUUUUGUUGGAGGUCCGACACUCCUCUUCUUUAUAGGGCAGUCCCAAGUUGGUUUGUUGCUGUUGAAGAGAUCAAAGAUAAGUUGCUAGAAUGCAACAAACAGACUUACUGGGUUCCUGAAUAUGUUAAGGAAAAACGAUUUCAUAAUUGGCUGGAAAAUGCUAGAGACUGGGCUGUUAGCCGAAGUAGAUUUUGGGGUACUCCUCUUCCUGUUUGGAUUAGCGAGGAUGGUGAGGAGAAAGUUGUUAUUGAUUCGAUCAGUAAACUUGAAAAUUUAUCUGGUGAAAAGGUUACUGAUCUGCACCGUCACAAUAUUGAUCACAUCACAAUUCCCUCUGGCCGUGGAUCAGAAUAUGGAGUACUACGACGUGUUGAGGAUGUAUUUGAUUGCUGGUUUGAAAGCGGGUCAAUGCCCUAUGCAUAUAUUCAUUACCCAUUCGAGAAUGUUGAACUCUUUGAAAAGAACUUUCCUGGCUAUUUUGUAGCGGAGGGUCUUGAUCAGACUCGUGGAUGGUUCUAUACUCUCAUGGUCCUUUCAACAGCAUUAUUUGGAAAACCUGCAUUUCAAAAUCUUAUUUGCAAUGGUCUUGUAUUGGCUGAGGAUGGGAAGAAAAUGAGCAAGAGGUUGAAAAAUUAUCCUUCACCUAUGGAAGUCAUAAGUGAUUAUGGAGCGGAUGCAUUGAGAUUGUACCUCAUCAAUUCACCUGUGGUACGCGCAGAGCCCUUGCGUUUUAAAAAGGAUGGUGUAUAUGGUGUUGUGAAAGAUGUCUUCCUUCCUUGGUACAACGCAUAUAGGUUUCUCGUUCAAAAUGCGAAGAGACUCGAAAUUGAGGGUUCUGCACCAUUUUCUCCUUUAGAUCGUACCAACCUUGAAACAUCUUCAAAUGUGCUUGAUCAAUGGAUCAACUCUGCUACUGAAAGCCUUGUUAGCUUUGUCUGCCAAGAGAUGAAUGCAUACCGGCUAUACACGGUUGUGCCCUAUCUUCUAAAGUAUAUUGACAAUCUUACAAAUAUAUAUGUGCGCUUUAAUCGCAAAAGGCUUAAAGGGCGUACUGGAGAAGAUGACUGCAGGAUUUCACUUUCAACUCUUUACCAUGUGCUUUUAACCACUUGUGUAGCAAUGGCCCCAUUUACACCAUUCUUUACCGAAGUUCUUUAUCAAAAUUUGCGGAAAGUGUCGGCCAGAUCCCCAGAGAGCAUUCAUUAUUGUAGUUUCCCUCAAACAAGUGGGAAGAGAGAUGAGAGAAUUGAGCGAAGUGUUGCUAGGAUGAUGACGGUAAUUGAUCUUGCGCGCAACAUAAGGGAGCGACAUAAUAAGCCUCUCAAAGCCCCACUUAAGGAGAUGGUUGUGGUGCAUCCGGACAAUGGUUUUCUUGAAGACAUCGCAGGCAAACUUAGAGAGUAUGUUAUGGAGGAGAUCAACAUAAAAUCAGUGGUCCCAUGCAAUGAUCUGUUAAAGUACGCUUCUUUACGUGCAGAGCCAGAUUUCAGUGUAUUAGGUAAAAGAUUAGGGAAAGACAUGGGAACUGUUGCAAAGACGAUCAAGGGUAUGUCACAGGAUGACAUUCUAGCAUUUGAAAAAUCUGGAGAAGUUACCGUUUCUGGGCAUUGCUUGAAGCUGACAGAUAUUAAGGUAGUACGGGAGUUCAAACGUCCUGCCAAUGUCAAGGAGAAAGAAAUUGAUGCCGCAGGAGAUGGUGAUGUUCUGGUAAUACUAGAUUUGCGAGCUGAUGAAUCCUUGUUCGAAGCGGGAGUUGCUCGUGAGGUUGUCAAUAGAAUCCAGAAGUUACGCAAGAAAGCUGGACUGGAACCCACCGAUCUUGUAGAGGUUUAUUACAAAUCUCUGGAUAGUGACCAAGCAGUUUUAGAAAACAUUUUGCGUUCCCAAGAUCAAUACAUCAGGGAAGCUCUAGGUUCUCCACUGCUCCAACAAACAUUGGCACCACCCGAUGCUGUUGUCUUCUGUCAGGAGGAGUUCCGCGGAGUGUGUGGCAUGUCAUUUGCCAUCUCUAUAGCAAAGCCUACUGUGGUGUUGAGUGAUGCUCUUGCUCCCCUAUUUUCAGAAAAUACGAAGCAUGUUGAGGCAUUUCAGAUAUAUCUCUCUUCGAGGGACCUUUCCAACUUGAAGUCGGAGUUUCUAGUUGGCAAUGGCAAGGUUAAAUUAGACUGCUUUGAGGAUUAUCCCGUAGUCGAAUUGGAGCUGGGAAAGCACGUGUUUCUGAGCGUCGGGGACUACUACCUGGCCUCAUCACAUCGAGUCUGACUCGAGGCAACGGCUAUUCGAAAUGUGAUUUAUAAUCUGAGGAAGGAAAAGUAGGCACUAUCAAGAGCAGCAGUGUGGAAUCAUUCUUUCUUGAAUUCACUUGCUUUACAAAGAGAUAGUUGAGGCUUUUGUUUUCGACUGUCUCCGCAAUUGCUACUGCUUCUAGCUGACAGUUUUGAUUGUAUCUCCAUUUUUGGUUCUGUUUGUAUCGUAAGUUUUAGAACAGAAACUUUCAUGCGCCAUUACACUGUUCUUUGAUGUUUUGCCUGAUUUCCUAUUGCCCGAUCGAUCAUAAGGUACUAUUAUUAUUAUUA